GAAACCCUAACUUUCAACUAUUUUUGUCCCCAAUUUUGUUGUGUCUCUCUACUUGUCUUUCUUACACACAGUCUCGCUAUCUUGGUCUAAUCGGGCAUUACGUAUUUUUAAGAUUCUAUGGAAGAGUCGGAGAAAAGAAGAGAAAGAUUGAAAGCAAUGCGUGAAGAAGCUAACUCUGAAGCUUCUCACAGUGUUGGCACCUCUACGCCAACUAUUAACCUUGCUAAUCCUUUAGUAGAGACUUCUUCAGUUCCGCAGAGACCAACUGGUGCUCGAAGGUUUGACUAUUAUACGGAUCCAAUGGCAGCUUUCUCCGGAAAUAAAAGGACUAACAACCACUUGUACCAGGCUCCACCAAAUUCUCUUCCUUCUCCUAUUACUCAGCCAACACAAUCAUAUCCUUCAGCAGGACCAAGGAACUUUUACCCAAUUCCUCCUCCCAGUCAUCAACCGCAGAGAGCGUUUGAAGCUAAUCCUCAUCACAGUCCCAAUUCUUGGAGAAGCCCUGUUGCCCCUCCAUUUUAUAGGAAUCGCGGUCCUCCACCUGAAGCUUGGAAUAGACCUAGUGGCACAGGUGGGUAUGGCUACCCAUCCAACUCCUCGGGUUUUGGUGGUUAUCGGGGCACUGGUUUUGGGCGUGGAGUCAGUCCUCGCCCGAGUGUCAACCCCUAUCCAGGAAGCGGUAGUAGUUACACGUUCAGCAACAGUCCAAACCAUGGUACAGGACGAGGUGGUGGAAGAGGAAGGGUUUCUCAUGCUUGCACAUCUGCAAGGGAGAGACCUGAAAUGUUUUACAACAAGUCCAUGAUGGAAGACCCAUGGAAAUUAUUGAAACCUGUUGUAAGGAAUUCAGUUGGAUCAGAGGAUUGGCUUCCGAAAUCCAUCACUAAGAAAAAGCCCAGAACCUCGGAAUCUACCAGCAAUGUGGGUUCUCAACAAAGCCUUGCCGAGUUCUUGGCUGCUGCUUUAGUGGAGGCUACUAGCGAUGCCUCCAAUUUAUAAGAGGGUUUGUGUGGAGGAAGUGGGCAAACAUAUUCGUAGAGCCUUCGUUGAACUUCUCACCUACUUUCGUAAAUGCAGCAGGAUCCAUCGAUUUAUGUACUUUCUGUUGGCAUUUGUGACGUCUACAGAAAGCUGUAGGAGCUGCAACUAUGUUCCCCCACCCAUGUCAAUGACACUUCCGACAUUUCACAUAUUUGAAAUGAACCGGUUACAACAGAACAGAUCGCGGAUAGGAAAGAAAAUUUUCUGUUGAGAAUUCUCUUUUCCCAAAUUCUAUGAGAAAACAGCAAUUGAGGUGAUGAAUUUUAUCAGUUCAUAAAUUCUAAGAGAGUGCUGUUUUUGAGUUUUUUGAUUCUUUUUCUGGUUGAUGUAAAUGUAUGAAAAGUUUAGGUGUUGGUUGCACUAAGGAAUCCUAACUGCUAAUGAUUCAAGAAAUUCAUAUCUCAUUCCCUGUA